AAUAUGGCGGGGAAGUUUAAGUACGAUUCUGUGCCAAAGAGUCAACUAUGCUAGAUAUCCAUGGACAAGCAUACUUUCAGCCAUUAGCGAGAUAAGGAGCGACGGGCUGACGAUGUUGUCAAUGAACGAACCGAGUGACGUCGGCGGACUAAUGUCAACAAUGCAGCGGUAGAGAGUAGGCGUUCCAUUCGAGUGUAACAAACAGCGGCAGACUGGGCUGCACUCCGUGCAGAUCACUUCGAACGCGCGUUUACAACGUAUUCGUAGCAGUAACAACAGAAAGGAAAAUCACGGACAUGUUUUUUUAGUAGGUGAGACGGAUCAAAUCGUGUUGUUGCCGCUGGAGAAGUAGUAAAUUGGAGUCACGAGGAUUUAAGGAGACGGCAAAGCGAGAGCCAUCAUGUGAAAGAACUUGCAUAGGAAACGGAUACGAGCGUUUGCUCGAGAAGAGAAGGAAGAAAACGAUUGUGAGCGGAAUGUCCGUGGAUGAGAAGCCUGAAGCCCCCAUGUAUGUGUAUGAGUCAACAGUUCAUUGUACCAAUAUCCUCCUCUGCCUUAAUGACCAGCGGAAGCAGGAUAUCCUGUGCGAUGUGACUGUCCGAGUGGAGGGCAAGGAAUUUCGUGGGCAUCGGGCCGUGCUGGCGGCCUGCAGCGAGUAUUUCCUCCAGGUGUUAGUGGGCCAGGCAGAGAAUGGCUUCACGGUCAGCCUUCCUGAAGAGGUCACUGCUAGAGGAUUCAUCCCAUUGUUGCAGUUUGCCUACACCGCAAAGCUGUUACUCAGCAAAGAAAACAUUCAAGAGGUCAUCCGCUGUGCCGAAUUCCUGCGCAUGCACAACCUAGAGGAUUCAUGCUUUCGUUUUCUGGAAGCUCAGCUGCGUAGCGAGGACAGCUUGCUGCACUGUCACAAUGUGGCUGCUGAGGGCAUCAACUCAGAGUAUGAAAGCAUGCAGUCAGAGGCCGAAAUGCCCUCCUCCCCAAGGAUACGACGUGCUGAUGAUCUUGCCGCCUUUCAGUGCCCCGAUGAGGAUCGGCUAGCAAUGACUAUACCGAGUAACUUCACAGACGGCCGAUUGGACAUCGAUCGACGCAGUGGAUCAGACCUGCCACGAUGCCCGAAGUACAGGAAAUACCAGUGGGCAUGCAACAAGCACAAUAAUGAUUUCUCUUCCGACACCAGUACCUCAGGUUUCCCGAGCACAAUAAAAGACAGCAGGAUUAGUGGGGGAGUCCCAGAUCAGGACAGGUUGCCUUUGGCGGAGAUCAAAGUAGAACAACAAACAGAGGAAGAGGCCGUCUCAUUGUGCCUCUCGGGGGAUGAGCAGGACACUCGGGAUAAGGAUAGUGGGCUCGCAAUGGAGAUGGAUAAUCCUGUGUCUUCAGAAAUCAUCAAGAGAACCAAGUCGGCAUCCUGCGUCCGAGCCUUAUUCAAAAAAGGAGCAGACCGCUCCAAUCCGCCCAAUACAUCGCAGCAGCUAUUUGCCAACAGGCUUGUCUGUCCCCAGGACAAAAUUAACUCUCAGGGAGAUCACAAAAAAGACUUCAGAGCUUUUGCUGGGGAGUUAAGUUUGUCUUUAAUAUCCCCAAAGAACACUGACAAUUUCACUGCAGGUCUGUCCGUCAAGUCCACGUCCUGCGAUGAAAUCUGCAAACAGGAAGUUGAGCUUGAUCGACGAAGUGUCAUUUUUUCCUCAGGAGCCUGCAAUCGUCUUGGAACCCCAGCACAUUCCUACCCCGGUGGGAAUUCUUUUGAAAUUGAGCUUUCUGAGCACAUACCAAAGGGAAUGUGUCCUGGAGCCAGCCAGUCCCUUCCGACCUCCCAGGCCUAUUCUCCCAGCACCACCUCCACCGAACCCCAACUGCUGUGCCGCCCGCGGCCAAACACGAGCUGCCCGGUUCCAAUAAAAGUUUGCCCGCGCUCACCGCCUUGCGAGACACGGACCAGGACAUCCAGCUCCUGUUCGUCAUACUCCUAUGCAGAAGAUGGCAGCGGUGGCUCUCCGUGCAGCCUGCCUCAGUUUGAGUUCUCUUCCUCACCGUGCUCCAACAUGGCCCGCUGCCUUAAUGUCGACCAGCAGGAACACAGUGUCGGGGAUGUUUUUAACCGGGGGCAACCCAAGAUAAAAUGUGAACAGUCCUAUGGCACCAAUUCCAGCGAUGAGUCAGGUUCAUUUUCAGAAGGAGACAGCGAGUCCUGUACUGUACAAGAGCGUGGCCCUGAGGUGAAGCUUCCUUUCCCUGUUGAUCAAAUCAUAAAUCUUCCACGGAAUGACUUCCAAACAUUGGUGAAAAUGCACAAACUGACCUCAGAGCAGCUUGAGUUCAUCCAUGAUGUGAGGCGAAGGAGCAAGAAUCGCAUUGCUGCCCAACGCUGCCGCAAGAGAAAACUUGACUGCAUCUUGAAUCUUGAGUGCGAGAUCAGAAAACUGGUGUGCGAAAAGGAGAAGCUGCUUACAGAAAGGAACCAACUGAAGGCUUGUAUGGGAGAACUAUGGGAGAACUUCUCCUGUCUGUCCCAGGAGGUGUGCAGGGAUGUCCAGCUGAGCCCCGAACAGGUUCAGUCAUUGCACCACUACUGCCCGGUCCUCCGACCCAGCAUUUCCACUGCCAGCAAUCACGCUGCCUACGAUCCCAGGCCGUGUAACACACCCGACACCGCCAACAUGGAUCUGGCUGUCUGUUUGGACUCCGCCGCACCUGAAACAAACAUUCCCGCUUCUCCUGGCCCUUUGGAUAUCAACUCGGUCGGAAACGGGGAAGACAAAGAUAUGGACGGCCAAUACAUUGGCUUGUACACAGAUUCAGGGCUGACCGUGGAAAAAUACGCUCAUCAGACAGUGACCGUUGAUUUCUGCCAGGAAAUGACGGAAAAAUGUACAACCGACGAGCAGCCACGCAAGGACUCGACUAAUUAAUGGUUUAUAGAUUUAUUCUUUUUUUUUUACAUGUUUAAUGUUGUUUUUAUUCUUAUUUAAUUAUACUAAUUUGACAAACCCUCUUGAGAGGGUGGUUGAGAUACCCAGCUUCUGCCAGCAUUCGCUAAAAAAAAAAAAAAAAAACACAAAAAAAGAUUUGUAUGUAUUUAUGUUUUUCAUGAUUUCCUUUUUUUUUUUGUGAACAGUCGACACUAACGUUGUCUUAAUAGCAGAAAUACUGUUCGCAAAGUAUUCUCUUACGGAAUGUGAGAGGUUCUCACUAAAUCCUUCCAACGGUGCUAUCUACGGCCCUGGCAGCAGCUUUGAGAGUCAGGGUGGCUUCAUGUUUUUGGUGUGUCACCCAUAACACAAAGAGGAACCUCAGCGGACAAAAAAAAAAAAAACAACUCUUUCUGUUUUUAGCAGUUUAUAAGUGGCUCUGUGCCUUUGCUGGCAUGUUUCCCACCCUUUCUUUCUGCAAUUCUGGCUCCAUCGGUCUUCUCUACCUCUCUCUGACUCUGUUCCAUGUGCAUCUUUUCUCGCUUUUUAGCUGUAAGUGAGCCUUUUCAUCUACAGCGAUUCAAAACUCAGGAAAACAACAAAAAAAAGCAACAACAGAAAAAAAAAACCCCAAC